AGUGAAGUACAGGUCUAUACCGGGCGACAUUCUCACUCAAAUUUCAAGACUUUCGUGACCCAAAUCAAAAUUCUGAUGCGACAGAUUAAUGGGGAAUCGCUUCCUCUCUUAAGGGCUGUCUUCCUCGACUUUUUUGGUCUUUUUAAAUAUAACUAUUUGUAUGAUCCGUGUGGCCGUUUUAAUUGCUAUCCUUUCCCGGUUUUCUGCAGCCACAUUGCGCGUGCAUCCUGAAUGUUUACCCCCCAAAAAUUGGUCGGACUGAUCCUUUCAGUCACGUGAUUUCCAGUCUCAACCAGCAUAACAGAAAUCCCGGAGACGAGGUUGGCUGAAAGUGACACUAGCCAACGGACUGUAUGAAGACGAGUUAAGGGGGGCUAUAGAGUAUUCUCUUGCAUACUACCAGGAGGAAAGCAAAUGAAGAUAAAAGCAAACGCAGGUUACAGUUUUAGUCUAGUCCUAACACAAUGGGAAGAUGGCUCGUGAAUGCAAAAGUGAAUGUAACCGACUUCAGUAAUGCCAGAGGGAAUGUCUGGCCACUGACAGUAGGGCAGCGAUGUCAUGACUCCUCUGUUAAUGCUACCCUGGAUACUUCAGGCUCAUCUAGUGAUGUGUGAGGUUCCUGCCCCCUUGAAGGUGAACCUCUCCUCCAACCAUUUUGUUCACCUUCUAACCUGGCAGCCCGGCCCUGCAUCUCCCAAAGAUGUGUACUACAAUGUGUCCGUCGCCUCCUUAAACAGGGGGAACUCCUGGGAGCCUGUGGCAGGAUGUGAGCAUGUGGUGGACACCCUGCUGUGUAACAUGACAGGAUCCUUCCCAGACCGCUCUGAGGUCUACUUCUGCAAGGUCCAAGCGGUGCUGGGCCAGCAGGUCUCCCCCGAGGCCAUUACUGACGGAUUCAAGCCCAUCCUGGACACCCACCUGGACCCCCCCAUAGUGAGCCUGCGAGCCUGUGGACGAGGCCUGUGUGUGGGGCUGCAGCCUCCGGUGGCCGGCCUGGAGGACGUGUACGAGUCUCUUGGCUACGCCCUCGAGGUGUCGUUUAGCAGCAUGGAGACAGGCCAGUUUUCAAGGAAAACCAAGUCCCUAAAGGAGGUGAUUCUGCCAGACCUGGCGCCCGGUAGAGAGUACUGUGUGAAGGUCCGCAUCGCUGACAAUUUGGAGCACUGGGACUCUGUCUACGGGUCACAGGAGUGUGCGCACACGUUGGCCAUACACACCCCAGACACGGAGGCUGCUGUGGGGCUGUGUGGGUUAGUGGUGGUAGGUGUUGUAGUAGUGAUCCUGCUGGUCCACACCGAAGUGCUCUGUCUGCAGACCAGCCUGCCACAGCUGCUGAGCAAUGUAAAGCAUCAUGAGAAACAGCUGCUGACAUACCCGUCCUCAGAAACCCUGUUCUCCACCGUGCACGUCGAGGCAUUGCUUCCGCCUCCUGCUGAGACAGACGAUAGCAGUCAGAGCUGCGAGGAGAGUGAGGGGGAGGGGGAGGACGGCAGCGGGGGAAAGAGAGGGAACUACGAGGUCAGGCCUAGCGCCUCAACCAUGACAAACCCCCUCUCUUCCUCCUCCUCCUCCCUCUCCUCCUCCUCGAUUUCCUCCAGUGCUCAACUGCUGCCCUGCCCCAUCCCUGGUGCCACGGCCGGCCAAACCAGCCAGUCCUCAUACGCACCGACUGAACCAGAGUGUGUCCGUCACCAGCCUGACGUCCCCGAGCGGCAAACAGAGCCGGCCGGCACACCCGACAGGCCAACUCCUGGCACACCCGACAGGCAGUCUUCCGGCACACCCGACAUGCAGUCUUCCGGCACACCCGACAGGCCGUCUUCCGGCACACCCGACAGGAAGUCUUCCGGCACACCCGACAUGCAGUCUUCCGGCACACCCGACAGGCCGUCUCCCACGCGGUCCGGCGGCGGCCCGCUCCCCGCCUGUCCUCUCUCAGGGACGGGUCAGUCUCCAGAAGAGGCCCAGUGUCCCCCACCGAGUGUGGAUGUCCGGUUGAAGCCCCGGCGGGCGGCAGAGACAGACCGGGGGACGGUGGAAGCUGGCGAGCCACAGGAGGAGAGCGGCCUGGAUGUCAACCUGCUGUCUGUCAAGCUGGGGGGCCGCUGGCUGGAGGAGGGCGCUGAACCCAAACCGGGGGUCAUUGAGGAGGGGGCGGCCGUAAGCAGCAUGACUUUAGGAGACUGGUACUGUGUCGAGGCAGAAGAGGAGGAACAGAAGGAGUGCGAUGGUUACAUGAAGCGUUAAGGUCACACAAGAAAGGUCAUAAACAAAAGGACUGUUUGACAAUACAUUGAAUGUCCUUUACAGACACUAGAUAAGCGACACUGAUUUCAUAAUGGGGCGUUGUUAUAAUAUAUUUUAAUAGUAGCACACAAAGGUCAAGCAAAGAUCAUGCCCUUUUUUAACUUUUCUGUUAAUACUGUAUCUGAAAGGGCUAUGUGAAAAGUUAUUUCAUACAUUCACAUUUAGUCAUUUAGCAGACGCUCUUAUCCAGAGCAACUUACAGUAAGUACAGGGACAUUCCCCCUGAGGCAAGUUGGGUGAAGUGCGUUGCCCAAAGACAUGUCAUUCGGCACGGCCAGGAAUUAAACCGGCAACCUUCUAAGUAAUAGCCCGAUUCCCCAACCGCUCAGCCAUCUGACCCCAUUCCUUUUUAUAUUUCAAAGCCAUUGAUUUUGCUCGAUGUUGUACGGAUGGCCGCGCCACAUUUGUAUUGAAAGUAUUCAAAGCUCUGGUGAUGUCCAUGGUUACGAUAUGCUGCUGCCAAAACCUCAGUACACAAAUACUCACUCAAUUACCAAGGUCAAAACUGUCAGUGUUAAACAGGCUGCCCGCAAAGCUGUGGGAGUCUAAUCGUGCAGUACCAUGUGACUCAUGCAAGGACUAGUUGAGAACGUGGUGACUGACGUGUCAACCUCAGUAUUAAAAGGUUGUGUGAUACCUGCAGUACUGUAGUCGUGGGUGGAGGUAUAAGGAAAAUACUUGCUGUUUCUUGGAACAGCAACAAGGUAUACUCACUUCUUAACUGCCAAUGUUAAAUUUCAGCCAAAUCACUAUUUUAAUACAUGUCGGGUUUUUUGUGUUGGAGUGAUGCAAGGGGCUCUAGCACACCCUAUUGGACAUCAAUCUUGAGUCCUGAUUGGCUAGUUAAGAUAUAUGGAUUUAGUCACUUAUCUAGAUGCACAUGGUUGUUAUAAUUAUGAAAUAUGCCUUUGGACUUAUGGGACUGCAUAUUACAAUUUUGAAAUUGUGGAAAUGCUUGUUUUGUGAAAAGUUGGGCAAUUUCAUUAGCCUGACGUUGUCAUACUCAUAAUUCUAAUCAGAAUAUGAGUCUGAGAACUCUCCGUUGGGCUUUGACUACG